AUGGAUUUCAAAACAGACGAACCUAUAGCAAGAGCUUUAUAUGAUGAAAUUUUACAAACUGCUUUUUUGCGCAUUACUAGUAGUAAUUCACAAAGAAAAAGUAGACAACAACUAAUUUCAGAGCAUGAAUAUAGAUUGAAUUACUUUGAUCAAGCUUAUAAUGAAAAUUUAUUUAUAGUUUAUAAUACCUAUGAACAAAGAAACAUAAAACCAACACCGAAAAUCAAAUUCACGUUGGAAAAUAGAAUAUCAAUAAAAAAUUUACGAAUCAAUAAGGAAUAUCAUGGAAAAUUUUUAGUAUGUAGAGUAAUAGCAAAAUGCAUAAAAAUAAACGCUCUUUUAACAAUUGUGGAGGAUCCGGAAGGUGACGUGGAACGACUCGCUUUGUAUAAUUUUAAUCAGAAAUCAGUCUCUCAAGGAAGAGGACCAAUGAAACCACUUUCUGUCGAUCAUGCUUCAAAGUAUCUACCUAUAGGUACACAAAUUGUUAUCGGAAAUCCAUCCUAUCAAAUUGCUGGUGACGGAAACGCGAUUAUUUAUUCGGAUAAUCCGGAUGAUGUUAUCAUGAUUAUUGAUAGAAAAAUUCAACUACGUGACGCAGCAUGGCGCACGGAUCGGCCAAAAGGAACGUAUUCUAUUAUCGGAAAUAAAAAAUCUGUUGAUGAAUGUCGUUUUCGUGGAAACGAAUAUUUUAUGUCUAGUGAUUUUAUGGCAGCUGUUCGUGAAUAUUCUGGUGGUAUUAAGCUGGAACCAUACAAUAUCGCUUUGCUUGCUAACCGUGCUGAAGCCUACUUGAGACUGCAACAGUUUAAGAAAGCGCUUGCAGAUGUAGAAAUGGUUCUUAAACUUGAACCUAGUCAUCUGAAAGCAGCUUUUCGGAAAGGUAAGGCUCUUUGUGGUCUUAAACGUUAUCAAGAAGCCAUUAUAGUACUUCGAGAUUUGUGUAAAAGAAUAAAAAACCAUAACGAUCGCGAUGAUAACGUUUCGAUUAAAAAAAGUGCUAUAGGAUUAUUGAAGCAUAUAGAAAUGUUAUUAUACGAAAGUCAAAACGGAAAAUAUGAUUAUAUAUAUAUUAUCGAUGAAUUGCAUGAAAAAGCUAAAAUUGAAGAUAAUGAAAUUGCUAAUAUCUGGAUCCAUCAAGGAGGUCCAAGAUUGGAUCACGCUGAUUACUUAUUUGAUGAUAUUGAAAUUCGCCUUUCGAAAGGUAAAGGAAGAGGAUGGUUUGCCAAAUACGAUAUCCCGGAGCAUACCCUUUUGAUGGCCACAAAGCCAUUUGAAAUUGCAUACAAAAAUGAAGCACCCGAGCAUACACUAUCUAUGAUUUCCAAAGUUGUAACUCCAGAUUGUAUCAUUGACACGUCUGUGGUAACAGGAAUAGAAUUAGCAAUUCGUAUUACUCAAAAGCUCUUGAUAGAACCAGAACUUUGUCGUGAAUUUUAUCAGUUGUAUUGUGGACCAAACCAAUUACCUAUAGAAAAACUUAAUAAAGGCAUGUUACGUUGUGUCGAUAUUAAUAGAAUUAUGAAAACAUUCGCAUAUGUUAGUUUUGAACAAGUUGAUAGAACAAAUAAUAUUAAUCAUGAAAAUAACGGAUUAGGAAUAUGGAUUAUGCAAUCUUACUUUAAUCAUUCAUGCGCCGAUGCAAAUGUUUACAGACUUUUCCUUGGAGAUUUGAUGUUUAUACGAACACUUCGACCUAUUUUAAAAGGAGAAGAACUAGUUAUCUGUCAUUACGAUUUGACCCUUCCCUAUGAAAGACGUGCACGUUACCUUAAAUCAAUGGAUAUAGAUUGUAAAUGCCGACUUUGCAUGUUGGACAUUUCAGAAGGACAAGAAAAUAAAUUUCGUCGUGAUAAACUCAUCAAAGAUUGUAAAAAUUUGCUUACCAAACCUUUUAACAUCAAAAAAUUUGAAGAUACGGUUACUGAAUUACGCAGUAUUCGAAAACAUCUUGAACUAGAUCCUCAAUCAUUAGAGCCUAGUGCAGGCUUGGCAUUUGUAUACGCAAAUCGAGGGGAUUUCUGCAAGUCACUUCCUAUUCGUAAAGAAAUAUAUAAUUAUUCAAUGGGUGCAGUAUUAUAUCGUACUAGCACAGUUUUUGGAAUUGCGUUUGAUUAUUAUGCACUUGGAAAGAAGAAACAUGCAAAGAUAUGGUUUGAUAAAGUUUUGAAAGAAUUUGCUGAAUAUAUAAGAGGAAAGUUUAAAGAUGAUGAGACUUGUUGGAGAAAGGAAGCAUUAAAUUUGUUGGAAAGGUUUACACUUAAUGAUUUCUUAAUCGCGAAAUGUUUAGGUUUG